UCUCAACUGCGGACAAAAUUACCUCAAUGUUGGUCACCCUCAAAUCACUCGUUCACUUUAUAAAUUCUCGCAUUCACCUCUAACACUAUAACCCUAAACUUCCAAAAGCAAAGAGACAAGAAUAUCAAACAAAUAUGGAUGUUUGGUCUUGGAUAUGUGAACUUCCCAAUGUAAAUGACUCGUCUCUCAUUUAUACUCUUGCUACUCCCAUAGCCAACUCCAACCAAUCAAUUCAAUUCAAAGCUGAGAAAAAAUUUGAGCUUAACACUGAUGAGACUAAUUCUUCAUUGGUUUUCUCCGUAUGCUUGCUAGGAUUUCAUGAAUCCUCCAAUGACAAUGUGACUAUCUGGGUUUCUGACACGUGUCAUCUAUCCUCGGACAAGCCAUUCUUGCCGCUGGUUUUACAGCUGCUUCAAGAAAUCAUCUCGCGUUCACCCACGGCGCAUGAUAGCUGCUGUCCACGUUCACAGCUCCAGAAGCUCCAACCCGACCCGGUUUCUUGGAUCCUCGAUUCCCACUCACCAGAAUCUUUCUCUAGCUUCUUCAACCUCAUCUUCCUCACGCGACUUUUCUGGAUGUUUGCAUUCGACGCGCCACCGGAGGUGGGGUCUCUGUACUUCCACUCCUUGCUAGCUCCAAACCUAGAAAACUUCUCGUGCAAGCACGCGCCCGUUCUGAGAACCUUCUUCAUUUCAGUCGGGAUGGACGUGGAACUCUGUUUCAUGCGCACGUUUGGGUACAUGUUAGCAAAGUGGCUGAUUUUAAGGGAAGUUGGCGGCGUAGGAUUAAAGUCGUUAACGCCUUUAUCAUCUCAUUACCUUGGGUUCUCCUAUGCCGCGGAGGCUCACGGGUUAUGGAUCUUAAAAGGAUACGCGCCUGUGAAGGCAAUGAAACCCACGCGCAUGAACGGUGACAAAAUUCAAUUUCCAGUAAUUGAAGCGAAAGAGAUUGCACUAAAAUAUACCCUGGCCCAUCAGCAACUUGAGGCUGUGAUCCAAUUUGAAUAUACGGUUGGAUUCUAUGAUGGGUUUAUCCAAGUUAGGGCCCGUUUGGAUAACAUACGUCUUGGAGUGACAAGAUUGGGCUUUAAUAAAAAUGAGGAAGAGGAGGGUUCGUAUUUGCAAGAGAAGCACUUUCCAUCUAGGAUUCGAGUUUGGGUUGGGCCAGAAGUGGGUGCAAAUUAUGUGGGCGGGUUAAGUUUGGGCCGGUCCACUAACAACGUUGAGCGUGAAUUCGAAAUGCAAAGAGUCCUAAAGGGCAAUUUCGGUAAUCCAAAACAACCAGAAAUGAAGGCAAGGGCAAAGAUGGCAACAAGAUCAAAGAUGAAAAAUUGGAGGUGGGACCAAGAAGCUGAAGGAAAUGCAGCUAUAUACGAAGCAAUCUUGUACGACCACGUGUCAAGCAGUGAAAUUGCCACGUGGAAGCCGAGUUCUGGCGAUGAUAGGAACAAUCAACUGAUGAACAAUUUUCGAGGAAGAUAUUUUGGAGGAAAUAGAGCAUUUACUAAGAAGGGUGGUUUGGUAUUUGCAGGGGAGGAAUGUGGUGAAGAAGUAGUAUGGAGGUUGAGCAAAGAAAUGGAAGGAAGUGUGUUGAAGUGGAGAGUAGGGGGUCAAGUAUGGUUAAGUUAUUGGCCAAAUAACGUAAAAAGUUCAUACUAUGAGACAAGGCUUGUGGAAUGGUGUGAUGAAGUAGAUUUGCCUUUGAUUACUGGGAAAGUAUUUUAAGGAAUAUAAUUAAUGACUAUAAAUACCGUUUUAUGUAACAAUAUAUUCUGUAUCUUUUUGUAUAUAUAUGUUCUAUGGGAAAUAAAGCUAUCAUAUUUGAUGAA